ACUGACUCUGAAUUCGCAUAAAGUUUACUCUUCGGCACAAUUUCUUUUGCAGUGCAGUGAAAUAUUUUGUUAUCUAAGGCUCUGCAUUUAGAAGCAUGGCAUCCAGUAAUGUGAUUAAGAAAGAACCUAAAUUGAAAGAGAAUAGUAAAGCCCGCUUAUCUGCGAUAAAAGAUAUGAUUGACAAUGAAGAAUGUGUCCUUAGAAAACGGCUACCAAGAAAACUUCCAAAACGAGAUUGUGAUGUCUAUGUCUCAAACCGUACAAAUUAUAAACAGCAAUUAGAAAGGUGCCAGAAGAUUCUUGACAAUGGGAAUUUAGUAUGUAUACAUGGACUUGGUAUAGCAAUUAACAGGGCAAUAAAUUUAGCAAAUCAGUUGAAAAGUAAUGGAACAGGCACGGUAGAGGUGGCUGCUCAUACUUCAACAGUGGAGCUAACAGAUGACAUUGAGCCGCUAAAAGAUGACAGAGACGCUGAAACUGUGUCGAGAAAUAAUUCUGCAAUUCAUAUUAGAGUCUUUAGACCAGAUGGUGAAAGUGCAAGCAAACAGCUUGCUAAAAUUGAGAAACAUUUGAAAAAAUAGAUUUCCAAAGGUUGAACAAGAAAUAGAACCAACAAGUUCAGAUGUGCGAGACUGGCAAUCAUGAAGA